UUGCGCUUCACUCCGCCCCCCCGGCGCGCCGCCCGCCUCUCCAAAUCCAGAGCGCACACGUCUCUUCAGUAUUUCCCUCUACCCCACCGAUUAGUAUGAGCUCCCCUUACUUUGAGCGGACGCGUGACGAAACAAAUGGUUUCUUUACGGCAUCCCGUUUCAUGGUGACUGAAGCUAGGGUCGUAUAGGAUCAAAUCUCCCCCCUGUUACCGGUUGUGAUUUUCGGAUGCGCCAUGCAAUCUCGCUGGUGGAGUUUGGGCAUUCGUUUGGUGGCGUGGACAUGGGUUUGGAGUCUGGCAUUGCUUGGAGCAUUGUGCAUCCCCGCAAAUGAAGUUAACCUGCUGGAGUCUCGCUCUGUGAUGGGAGAUUUGGGAUGGGUGGCAUAUCCGAAGAAUGGGUGGGAGGAGAUUGGGGAAGUGGACGAGAACUAUGCCCCCAUCCACACCUACCAAGUCUGCCGAGUAAUGGAUCAGAACCAGAACAACUGGCUGCACACCAACUGGAUCCUGACCGAGGGAGCUCAGAGGGUCUUCAUUGAACUUAAAUUCACCCUGAGAGAUUGUAACAGCCUUCCAGGGGGCGUUGGGACCUGCAAGGAGACGUUUAACAUGUACUACUACGAAACAGACGGGGAUGAGGAUGAAAUGGAUUACGGAGAAAUGAGAGAUGGAACAGGAAUCACAGAGGAGGAGGACAGGGCUAUGAAGGAGAGUAGAUACGUUAAGAUUGACACAAUAGCAGCUGAUGAGAGCUUCACUGAGCUGGAUCUAGGAGACCGUGUGAUGAAGCUCAACACUGAAGUCCGAGAUUUAGGUCCCUUGACCCGGAAGGGCUUCUACCUUGCAUUUCAGGAUUUGGGAGCCUGUAUCGCUCUUGUCUCAGUGCGUGUUUUCUACAAACGCUGCCCCUUUCUGGUUAAGAGUUUGGCCGAGUUUCCCGACACCAUCCCAGGAUCAGAAGCUUCUCAGCUGGUGGAGGUUGUCGGCCGCUGCGUCAAUAACUCCCUGCCUUUAUAUGAGCCUCCCAGGAUGCAUUGCAGUACUGAAGGAGAAUGGCUUGUGCCCAUUGGGAAGUGUGUGUGCCAGCCAGGAUUUGAGGAAAUCAAUGGAUCGUGUCAAGUCUGUAAAAUAGGGUUUUACCGUUCGCUGCUGGAGACUGUGGGCUGCAGUAAAUGUCCACCCCACAGUGUGGCCAGGCAGGCUGGAGCCACUGCUUGCAGCUGUGAGGAUGGGUACUACAAGAUCGACUCUGACCCUCCCAACAUGGCCUGUACACGCCCCCCUACUGCUCCACGCAAUGCCAUCUCCAAUGUCAACGAGACCAGUGUCUUUCUUGAGUGGUCUGUUCCAAUGGAAACAGGUGGCAGAAAGGAUGUCCACUACAACAUCCUGUGUAGACGUGUCCUACCAGAUGGAAGGGGCUUGGAAGAAUGUGGCCCUAACGUACGUUUUUUGCCACGCCGUGUUGGCCUGACAAACACUUCUGUGAUGGUUGCCGACCUGCAUUCGCACACGAACUACAGCUUUCUGCUGGAGGCUAUCAACGGAGUCUCAGAGCUGGCCAAGGAUCACGCCAAGCAGUAUGUGUCACUGAAUGUGACAACCAAUCAGGCAGCACCCUCCCCGGUUAGUGUGGUGAGGAAAGGUCAUACUGAGAAGAGCAGCAUCGCCCUUUCUUGGGCAGAGCCUGAUCGCCCCAACGGCAUCAUCUUGGAGUACGAGAUCAAGUAUUUUGAAAAGGAGCAAGACUCCAGCUACACCAUUAUUAAGUCCAAGGAGACUGAGAUGGUGGUGGAAGGCCUGAAACCCUCUUCAGUCUACAUCUUCCAGGUACGAGCCAGGACAUCGGCGGGCUAUGGUGCAUUUAGCCGACGUUUUGAAUUCCAGACCAGCCCUUACUUAACUGCUACAAGUGAGCGGACUCAAGCCUUGAUAGUAGCUGUGGCCAUCACACUUGCUCUGGUCCUACUGGCAGUCGUCGCUGGAUUCCUGCUUAGUGGACGACGUUGUGGCUACAGCAAAGCAAAGCAAGAUCCUGAAGAGGAGAAGAUGCACUUCCACAAUGGUCAUAUUAAGUUCCCAGGAGUGCGUACCUACAUUGACCCCCUCACCUAUGAAGAUCCCAAUCAGGCAGUGCAUGAAUUUACGCAGGAGAUUGACGUUUCAUUCAUCUCUAUAGAGAGGAUAAUUGGAGCUGGGGAGUUUGGUGAGGUGUGCAGUGGACCUCUAAGGCUGCCAGGGAAAAGAGAGAUGCAGGUUGCCAUUAAGACCUUGAAAGCAGGAUACACUGAGCAGCAGCGACGCGACUUCCUAUGGGAGGCAUCAAUCAUGGGCCAGUUUAACCAUCCAAACAUCAUCCGUCUGGAGGGCGUGGUCACCAAGAGCAAGCCAGUGAUGAUUAUUACUGAAUAUAUGGAGAAUGGAUCACUGGACACUUUCCUCAAGAAAAAUGAUGCUCAGUUUACAGUUAUCCAGCUGGUUGGUAUGCUGCGUGGCAUCGCAUCUGGCAUGAGAUACCUUUCAGAUAUGGGCUACGUCCACCGUGAUCUUGCAGCUCGUAACAUCCUAGUCAACAGUAACCUUGUGUGUAAAGUGUCUGAUUUUGGCUUGUCCCGAGUCCUGGAGGAUGAUCCAGAGGCUGCAUACACCACACGGGGUGGGAAGAUUCCUAUUCGCUGGACAGCUCCAGAGGCCAUCGCAUAUAGGAAGUUCACCUCAGCAAGCGAUGUGUGGAGCUACGGUAUUGUCAUGUGGGAGGUGAUGUCAUACGGAGAAAGACCUUACUGGGAGAUGUCAAAUCAAGACGUAAUAAAAGCAGUAGAAGAGAGCUAUAGGUUGCCGGGUCCUAUGGACUGCCCUGAGGCUCUGUACCACCUAAUGAUGGACUGUUGGCAGCGGGAACGCAGCAACCGUCCAAAGUUUGAUGAGAUAGUCUGCCUACUAGACAAACUCAUUCGCAACCCCAGCUCAUUGAAAAAGCUGGUCAACUCCUCCCACAGGAUUUCUAACCUGUUAGUGGAGCAUGCAAGUGUGGAAGGGGCCUGCAGCACUCGGAGCCAGACUGUAGGAGAGUGGCUUGACUCUAUCAAGAUGGGUCGAUACACUGAGCUCUUCAUGGAAGGAGGUUACUCAUCACUGGAAACAGUUGCUCAAAUGACAUCAGAGGAUUUGCGAAGAGUAGGAGUGAACCUUGCUGGACAUCAGAAAAAAAUUAUCACAAGUAUUCAGGAGAUGAGAGUCCAUAUGAACAACAUGAACUCUACUGUAAACAUCUAAUUCAUAUGUAAAGGCAACACACAAACACACACAUGCACACAAUGUAUGGACCUAGUAUGGGAAAAAAAAAACAGAUUUGCUGUUGGACCUAGAGUGGCUUAGCACUUUCUACGGACAAGGAAUCCCUGUGUCUAUGGAUCUAAACUGGAGGAUCCACAUAUUUGUGGUGCUUUUAAGAGGAGUUUGCUUGUGGAGAUUUUUGGGACAUUGCAGCAUGAAAUUGGACUGGACUAAACUGAGUGGUGCAACAGAAAGGGGAAAUGAUGGUUAGCUCAACUAAACUGAAACCAAGUGAAGAUUAUUCAUUUUCAUUAUUCUAUUCGUGUGAAGCUUUGGGAUUACAAUAUUUAUUGCACUGCUUGGAUUCUCUCAGAUGAGAAAUGAAAAAAACACUACAGAUCUGGCUUUGAGAGCAACUAGCACUUUUUUGACAAUAUCACAACUAUGGAAGUUUCACACAGCAGGCCGCGACUGAACUAUGUCAGCUUGUCUCAGGGGACCUGAACCCAGUGGCUCUGAACAGUACUGACUUUCUCUCUGGGAAUUUUAUCUGAAAGUACACUUUCAUAACCAGUCAGUAAAUCAAACACCAUGCCAGCAGUGUAAACUGGAUAAUGGACCAAGAGAAAAAAAAAUGAAGUUGCUGUUUGUGCUUUGUCAUGCUGACGUGCUUUGGAUAGAGUGUUCUUGUCUCAGGUAGGUCUUCAUCGCAACAAGACUUCAGUUAUAAUCCAACGACUCAACAAAGGCCCAGAUUUAUACUCUGCAAUAUCUAUAUCAUCAUAUUUCAGAGCAAAGCAAGACCAUACUGUUUUCACUGGCCAGAAAAUUGAAGUACAGAAAAUAUUAACUGGAUUUGUCCAGAAGAGUUUGAGUCUUAUUGUACCAAGAGACAAUAGCUGAGAAUGAACACAAGGCUUGUGGAUACUCUAUAACUUUUCUUCUUGCUGAAUGUAUAGGCCUACACUUAACAUGGCUCAGUAGCAACAUCAACCAGGUUAUUUUAUGCAUAUGCUGUCAACAGGGGUAGAAUGGGGCUUUGGAAUCUGAGUGAAUCUGAAGGUUGUGUAAAAAAAAAAUCAACUGUCUUAUCAUGUGUUUUCUGAAGUUAUGCAGGGUAUUCAAUGAGAACUUGAUGCCUCCACUAACCUCAGCUAUCAGCUCCUAAACCACAAAGAAAAUUGAAGAUACUACACACACAUUUAAUAGAUCUUUGUCUCAGACAAGGUACAUUUCAUAGGUUUUAGCAACCAGUCAACACUUUAACAUUAGUCACAUAGUGUCACUCAGAGUCUAGCAGAUUUCACAAUAUUUUGAUCCUUCACCCAGAUUCUCAAGAACCCAUGUGCACACUCUGAGUUUAACACCAAAUUUGUAUUAUUUUCAAAAGCACUCCCAGGAGGGUGUAACUGGGCUCUCCCGCUCCCAUGGAAAGUAAUAGGAAGUUAAGUCAAUCCUUAUGGAAUAUUAUUCCCUGUCAGAAGGGGACUGCCUAACAGUAAUGAACCACCAGAUUCUGGUGGGUCUGUUUGCUGAUUCGUAAUAGAACCUUUGCUUGGAUUCUAAUGGAAUCUUUCCAUGCAGCCUUCGCUCAAGAGUGCACUCAGAUUUUCAUGGAGCCUUCACCAACAACUUUCAGGUACCACAGAAAACCCUCAGUUCACCAGUCUUUCUCCACCAUAUGUAUACCACACCACAAGAAACCUCACUCUUAAAGGACUGCAACAAAUAAGGAGGCAAUAUUGAUCAACUUAAAAAUCGUUUAUUUAUUGAAACUUGUAAUUAAAAAAACACAUUUUUUUAAUGAACAGUUUGUGUUCCAUCAUAAUACUCUCUUUGACUACAGAAAAGCCUUGUCUACAUGUCUUUCAUGUAUAUAUUGUAUUAUAAAAUUAAAGCAGGGAGCAUUGUUCUUUUGUCCACUAUCAUGCAGACCGGUUGGCAUUGAUCAAGUAUCUCAGAGUACACAUUAGUAAACAGUGACAGAUAUUCUAAAUCAGCAUUCCUACUACCUAGACUAGGGCCACUGUCAGGUAGAGGCAACCAGCACAUUUGUCACUUAGACAGGUGUAAAAGGUAUUAAAUAUCAAAUACUCAUUUUAUUUUGUUGGUAAUUAUGUCUUAAUUUGAAUUUGCAAGACUUAUAAUUAUAUUCAGCAGUGAAUACUUCUCUCUAAAUAGCAAAAUAAGUAUGUACAGAGAUUGUUACAUGAAGUUCUGGUUUAAAAGUAUACAAUGAUGUCAAUGUUAAAGCCCUCGCUUUACUUUUUCUAUGGACGGUAUGUUAUAUAUUGCUAUUCAGUGCUUCAUUGCUGAAACUUGACUCUUUUUACUAUUGUGUUCACGUAAGCACGCGUUCUGGCAGUAUAUUUGUUGUACUUGAAGGUGAAAGGAUUUUUUUUAACACACAGUGUACUGCUAGUGCUGUGGCUUAAGAAUUGAAACAAGAUUGUAAAGCUAGUUUUUUAAGAGGUGGUGCCACUUGUUUAUGAAAAGCACACAAGAAGAAUGUAACUUUUUAAAGAGGUGUUUCACUUUUUUAAA